AGAGCCUAGACCAAAUGAUUCGAAAAUGAUUUCCUAACGGAGCUUCAAAAUUGAAAAAAUAUGCCUAACAUAUCAAGGCGUUGUCAGAGGAACCCAACAUGUCGACAAAUUUCUGGGAUGAUCCAGUAAGAAUACUCUACAUAAUCAUAGCUCUCUUGGUUCUGGACAAUCUAUGGGCCAUAUAUCUGCUGCUGCGGGACAUACAAGUGGCUUACAAAACGCAUCAAGUACCGAAUGUUAUCAGCCCAUAUCUACCACAGGACCUCUACGAUAAAAUGCGCGUCUACAAGAUUCACAAGGGCUGGUUCACCAUUGUCCACACCCUGCUUUCGGCGGUUAUAAUGGGUGCUCUGGAGCUAUACUUCGGGUUCUAUGCCUGGCUGUAUGGAGUGGCUGAGAAGUGCACCCUGGCCAAGUGGAUGGAGCACGAGGCUUGCGUAUCCGUGAUCUUCGUCCUUCUCCUGAGCCUUUAUUUCUGGCUAAAAAGCUUGCCGGCCAUGAUCUACGAGCAUUGUUGCAUCAAAAGCUUACAACCCAGGCCGAAGCCACCGUGGUGGUCCCGCAUCUGUCACUUUGUCGUUGACCUGAUUGUGGGAGUGGCGGUUACCACUGUGGUGGUGGUCGCCCUGGUGUACAUGUUUAUCGGCUUGGGCUCCUAUGCACCUCUGGGCUUGUACUUUCAAUCGCUGAUCCUGACGAUGAUCAUACUCCUGUUAAUUCCAUUUUUGAUCGAUCCUUUUGUGGGCCAACGUGUGCCCCUGGAAAACUCGAAUUUGCGCACUCAACUGGAGUACGUUACGCGACAAGUGGGCUUUCCCAUGAGCCAGGUGCGCAUUAUCCGUGUGCAUGACCCUAACACGGGAAGUAAUGCCUUCUUCUACGGAUGCUGCUGCCUGAAGAGAAUUGUGAUUUUCGAUACAUUGCUGCUGAAUAGGGGCAAAGCGGAUCUCUCCCAGUUGUCGCCAGAGGAGCUGGGUAGGGGACUGGCGGAUCCUCAGGUGAUUGCUGUGGUGGCCCAUGAACUGGGCCAUUGGAGGAAUGGACAUUUUUACAAGGCAAUUCUUGCAUUUCAAGUCCAUCUCAUACUGACUAUCAUGCUGUUCGCGCUUUUUUUUGACCAUGGACCCAUCUACCAGGCGGUGGGAUUCGCUCCCGGUCUCGAGCCUAUAGUCAUAGGAUGCUUAAUCAUCUUCGGCUUUGUAUUGACUCCAUACAUGACACUGGCCAACUUCAGUAUGCUGAGCAUGACGCGUUGCUUUGAGUACCAGGCGGAUAAGUUUGCUUACCGGCUCGGAUAUGGAGGAGAACUUCGUCAAGCUCUGCUCAAAUUAUAUGCGGAUAAUUUGGCAUUCCCCGUUUCGGAUUCUUGCUACUCCAGCUGGAAUCAUACGCAUCCCACUAUGCUGGAUCGGUUGAGUCGUCUGGAAGAAUAUCGACGUUAGGCGAUAUACUUUAAAACAUAGUAGCUGCUGAUUGAGUUAUCCGUCUUGGGUAAUAUAGAUAUAUGUACAAUUUACAAU